GAACUAUUAAUGCAUACGUGAAAUAAGCGGAUUCUGUUGAUUCCUUAGGAGAGAACGGGGUUGGAUGAUUGGAUUAAGCUGUAUGAACUGAUUCGCAGGGCUCGGAGGAGCUCCUUCUAGAUUGAGACGAAUGAGACCACCAGGACCCUUGACCUAUACGGAGGAUUUUGAAAAUAACUGGAGCCAGAAACUUCGUACCUGCAUGUUAUACCUGUAGAAAGGGGUGUGUUUGAAUCGGCGAGACAUAACCCACUGGUGAAGAAGGCUGUACUGUUGUCCCCUCGACACGUCAGUUGAGAGUCAGAUGAGGCAUCGAUCAACAAUAAGUUCAUCGCUCUCCCCACACCUUUCAAUCCACUCAUCAUUUCGCAGAGUGACGAAAUAUCAGUGGUAAUCAUGUUCGAAGUCGUCCCUGCUUGCGUCCCAGCGGUGGUGACCAGUCUCUUGUUCACCACAAUAGCCUUUACGGUCGUGUGUCUCAGGCUGUACACACGCAUUGUGUUGAUCAAAAAUGCUGGAGCAGAUGAUUAUCUCAUGGCAGGAGCAAUGGUUGCAUCCAUUACCUUCUGUAUAGUCAUCUUUUUCCAGAUUCAAAAUGGUCUCGGUCGACCAUUUUUGUCUCUUUCGCAAGCGACACUUACCAAGUUCUUGCAGUGCUUGUGGGCAACUAUUCCAACCUACAAUCUCGCGCUCGUAUUAACGAAAAUAUCAAUCGUCUGUCAAUACCGUCGCAUAUUUACGACGCAGAAAGUUGUCAGGCUUUGUAACAUUAUGAUCGGAGUUUUGAUUGUUUACGGCUGCUGGGCAGUCUUUGGAUCGACCUUCAUGUGCAUACCAGUUUCCAACUUCUGGAAUACCGGAAUCACAGUACACUGCAUGGAAAAGACAGCUUUCUGGUUCUCAAACGCGGCACUCAACAUCGCGACUGACAUCAUGAUCUUCUCAAUUCCAAUGCCGCUUCUGAAACAACUGCAACUACCUAAAAGGCAAAAGAUCGGACUUAUGUUUGUCUUUGGGUUUGGCGCCUUUGUCUGUGUUACCAGUGUCAUUCGACUGAAGAGUCUGUACGAAAUAUCUGUGUCCACAGACACCACAUUGGACGGUGUGAAUGCAGGAAUCUGGUCUGGAAUCGAAAUCAAUGUUGCGAUUGCCUGCGCCUCUCUACCUUCGAUCAAGCCUCUCAUCACGCGCAUACUUCCUGGCUUGCUCUCGAACAUCAGCACUCGCGGCAAUCGCUCAAAAAUGAACAACCUCUCCGAUGCGAACUACGACGGCAAUUUUGCAAUGAAGAGUGGAAUUGGAGGAGGGAAUAAAAGCCACAUUGAUUCAGAAAGCUCUGCCGCAAACAAGAGAAACACAAUUGGAGGAUCGGGAGGAAAUAUCAAGAUCGAGCGGACGGUCUAUUUGCAGAGGGAUGUGAGGGCAAGCUUUGACGGAAGUCAGAACAGCUUGGUUGUGAAAACAGACUGUUUUAAUGAGGAACAGAGAAAGAAGCACCCGCAUGAGACCGUGUAGGGAAGUAGAGGUAGAGGGGGAACUUUGCAAAGAAUACACCAUUUAGAAAGAAUUCGGUAGAACAGGCCAAAAGAAUUUCCAUGUUCCUUUACGGAGCAUCUUGAUUAGCAGUGGCUUCGAGAGCACCAAUUGAUAAUCAAAAUAUCGUGCCUCAUAGCCGGACUUUGAGUACCAUGAAUCAGCGGACUUGACUUGAGCAAAUAAACCGCACUUGCCGAUUCUCAACACAAAAU